AUGAGUGAUAUCCCCAAAAGUGGAUUGCAGUUGCGGUCCCUGGUGACCUCUGCCGGCAAAUUAGAGCUGAGCCUGCAGGAAGUAGACGUUGUCCCACCCGGCGACAACGAAAUUUUGGUGCGUGUGGAAGCCUCACCCAUCAACCCCUCUGAUCUGGGUUUGCUGGUCGGCAUGGCAGAUCUAUCCACUGCGGUACAGGGUGGCAGCGCCAGUGCACCAACAAUCAGCGCCGAUAUACCCAGUGGUCUGCUGAAACAUAUGACCGGCAGAUUUGAUGAAUCCAUGCCGGUGGGCAAUGAAGGUGCCGGCGUCGUGAUUGCCGCUGGCAGUUCGGCUGAGGCCCAGGCGUUGAUGGGCAAAACCGUUGCGGUACUGGGUGGCGCGAUGUACAGCCAGUACCGAACGCUGCACGUCGGUCAGGCAUUGGUCAUGCACGACGGUGUAACGCCGGCUGAAAGUGCGUCCUGUUUUGUUAAUCCCCUGACGGCGCUGGGUAUGGUGGAAACCAUGCGUAUGGAAGGCUACAGCGGUCUUAUUCAUACCGCUGCUGCGUCAAAUCUGGGGCAGAUGCUGCAGAAGAUCUGCAUUGCAGACGAUGUGCCGCUGGUGAAUGUGGUGCGUAAACCUGAACAGGCUGCUUUGUUGAAGGACCUGGGUGCCAAGUACGUUUGCGACUCCAGCCAGGAUACGUUUAUGCAGGACCUGACGGACGCGAUUGCCGCAACCGGCGCAUACCUUGCUUUUGAUGCCACCGGCGGUGGUGAGCUGGCGAGCCAGAUUCUAAGUGCGAUGGAAGCCGCAGCGAUUGCAACAGCCUCUGAAUACAGUCGUUAUGGUUCGACUCAGCAUAAGCAGGUUUACAUUUAUGGUGGACUGGAUCGCUCGCCUACCGUCCUGCGCCGGGCUUAUGGUAUGUCUUGGAGUCUGGGCGGCUGGCUGCUGACCCCAUUUCUACAGAAAGUGGGACGUGAAAAAGCCCAGGAGUUGCGUCAGCGUGUUGCCGACGAAGUGCGCACUACUUUUGCCAGCAGCUAUGCAGCUGAAAUUUCUCUCAGUGAGGCGCUGCAACUCGAUUUAUUGCAGACCUACGCUCAGCAGGAUCAGGUCAGUGAAGUGCCGGCGACAGCGCCACCCGUCGAGAUGCCGCCCGACACCACGGUCGAGGCAAGUGAGCCGCAAAUCUCGAGUAAUCCGCAGCGUAAUGCCUACUUUGGCGAUACACAUAUUCAUACGGUGCUGUCUUUUGACGCCUAUCUCAUGGGUACGCGGGGUACGCCUGACGACGCCUAUGAAUUUGCCAAAGGCGGCGCCAUUUCGCAUGCGUCAGGCUUUCAGAUGCAGAUGAAAAAGCCAUUGGAUUUUCUCGCGGUAUCAGAUCACGCUUUUUAUCUUGGCAUGAUGCGCGCGCUGGGUUCCAAGCAGGGCGAUUUUGCUGAGCACAGAUUGUCUGAUGUGGUUGCCGGUGCAACUUCAGCGGAAGGUUCAACCAAAGCAUUUCAGUCUGUUAUCGGGCAUCUGGUGUCGUUGCAGGACGGCGGCGAAGAUGAUCUUGAUGAUCGAAACGUCGCUCGCAGCGCCUGGCGAGAAGUCAUUGAGGCUGCAGAGCGACACAAUGAUCCGGGCAACUUUACAACGUUCAUUGGCUAUGAAUACACCACGUCGGGCCCUCAGUUUGAGAACCUGCAUCGCAACGUGAUUUUCAAAGGGGGUGAUGUACCCACGCAGCCGUUCAGCCGCCUGGAUUCAUCUGAUCCAGAAGAUCUGUGGGACUGGAUGGAUGCCAAUCGUGCUGAAGGACGGGAGUCUCUGGCCAUACCACACAAUUCCAACGGAUCUAAUGGGUGGAUGUUCACAGAUGUGCGUUACAAUUCGGAUGUGCCUAUAGAUGCUGCUUACGCCGAACAACGCAUGCGCAAUGAGCCUUUGGUAGAGAAUACUCAGGUGAAAGGCACCUCUGACACACAUCCUCUGUUAUCGCCUAAUGACGAAUGGGCGGAUUUUGAAAUCAUGCCCAUUCGAGUAGCCAGCACUUUACCUUCACAGCCGAACGGCAGUUAUGUGCGCGAAGCUUAUCUGAACGGCUUGAAAAUGGAGGCUGAAGAGGGCUUCAACCCUUUCAAAUUUGGUGUGAUCGGCGCAUCAGAUACGCACAAUGCUGCGGGUUCGUUUGAAGAGGACAAUUACUGGAGCAAAACCGGUUUGAUGGACAUCGAGCCGCAGCUGCGUGGUUCUGUGCCUUUAGACAGUUCGCCUGAAGGUGAUCCGCAAUAUGCGCAGGGUGCAUCCCAAUACUGGGGGGCCUCCGGGCUGGCAGGUGUGUGGGCGGAAUCGAACACCCGGGAUUCGAUCUAUGACGCGAUGCGACGUAAAGAAACCUUCAGCACCAGCGGUCCGCACAUCAAGGUGCGCUUUUUUGCCGGUUAUGGCCUGUCUGAUGAUCUGAUGAAUGCCGAUAACGCCAUCGAACAGGCUUACGCGGCUGGUGUGCCGAUGGGUUCAGACCUGUUGCGCGACGGAGAUAAAAUGCCUUCUUUCUAUCUGUGGGCAAGUAAAGACCCGGAUACGCAGAAUCUACAGCGUCUGCAGAUUGUCAAAGGUUGGCUGGCGGACGGGGAAGCGCGUGAACGCGUGAUUGAUGUCGCCUGUAGUGAUGGUCUGGCUGUGGAUCCCGCUACCGGACGCUGUCCGGACAAUGGCGCAGGUGUCGAUCUUACAGAUUGCUCCACAACGCGUGGCAAAGGCAACGCCGAGUUGGUCACCGUCUGGCAGGAUCCGGACUUCGAUCCCAAUCAACGCGCUUUUUAUUACGUGCGUGUGUUGGAGAAUCCCAGCUGUCGCUGGUCUACUUAUGACGCGAUCCGCGCAGGGGUUACGCCAAGGCCCGAUAUGCAGGCUGUGAUCCAGGAUCGUGCCUGGUCAUCGCCAAUCUGGUUUAUGCCUUAA